CAAACAAUCUUCAUAACAGUGUAAAUGACUAAUGAGUAUUACUAUGCUAACGGCUAAUGAGUAAUCAACGGAAUAUGGUUUACGAAAAUAAAAUAUAAAUCCGAAAUUUCCAAAAUGGCUGCCCUUAUGCUGCAGAAGGCCAUUCGACAGUGCAUGAGAGUCAGAUCGUUAGAAUUGAUUUCUCCGGUUACUUGUCAACAAAUUCGAUUCAAAUCUGGGAAACAAAGACUCAAGGCUCCAAGUCAUGCUCAGAGUAAAGAUAAAUAUGUUCGAAGGCAGAAAAAAGGUUUCCUAGAAAAAAAAGUAGAGAAAGUGGAUAAAGACUUUUUAAAAAAAGUUCCUGUUGACGAUGUUUGGAUAAGAAAGUAUUAUCCUGAACGACGCUACAGUAUGGCUGAUGCUAUUCACAAACAUCGUGAAUUAGCACAACCUGAAAUGUUAAACAAUAUGGAUGGUCUUAUUUACGCAGAAAUGACUCUUGACAUGAUAACCACUAAAAAGGCCAAAUUUAUUAAAGGUUUCCGAGAAACUGUGUUAUUACCCCAUCAAUUUGACGACCAAACACAGCAAAAGGUGGCUGUAUUUUGUGAAACAGAUUCAGAUAUAGCUUUAGCUAAAGAAAUGGGAGCAACUUAUGUUGGAGGCAGGGAAUUAGUCAAAGAGAUUGUAACAGGUGCGAUAAACAAGGAUGAUAUAGACCAUUAUUUAUGUGUACCUGAUAUGUUAAAUACUGUUAUACCUAUACGACCUGUAGUUAGAGAAAAGUUUCCUUUAAAAGUAAAAGGUAAUUUAAAUGAAGAUGUUAAAGCAAUGUUAGAAUUAUUUUUAAAAGGUAUAACCUUUAAUUGUGUUAAAGAAACUGAUUAUAUUGGUAAAAUACAGGCACCCAUUGGAACAUUAAAUAUGAAAGAUGAAGAAAUAGAAGCAAAUUAUAAAGCGUUAAUACCAGUUAUAUGGAAAUACAAACCACAAAAAACAGUUCACUUUGUAACGGAGUUAUCUAUUAUCGCGCCACCUUCUGAUGAACGAUUUCUUCUCCAAUUGGAAGAUUACGUUCCUGGUCAUGAGAAACAGGAAGAUGAACAAGAACUGGAUGAUGAGGAAGACAAAAUGGCUGCUACAAAUUAAGGACUAAGAAGAAAUGUCAGAUUGUGUGUGACUGUUAUAUUAAUGAUAACACUAUGGACAGGGAAGACAAAUAAGAUUGUUUGGACAUGAUCAUGUAGUGAUUUUAAUGGAUCACCAAAUCACUAGUGAUAAAAUAUCAGGUGUGUUUUCUGUGGAGUAAGUGUGGAUAAGGUGAUAAACACAUUGCGUUGCAUUUCCGGACCUCUUGAAAAUUCAUUUUUACCAGUACAGAAGCAUUCUGCACAGUUCACACAGAGGACUAUCUACUUUGAGAAAAGAUCUCUGUAUUGAAUGGCCGCCAUAUUUAAAAAUUUGUUUUUACCAGUACAGAACCAUUCAGCACAGUUCACACCACAGAGGACUAUCUACUUUGAGAAAAGAUCUCUGUAUUGAAUGGCCGCCAUAUUUAAAAAUUCAUUUUUACCAGUAAAAUUCAUUUGCACAGUUCACACUACAGAGGACUAUCUACUUUGAGAAAACAUCUCUGCCCUGAAUGGUCGCCAUAUUCAAAAAUGGGUAUAUUAUUUUGAUAUGUGGCUCUAAUCCGUUUUGAAUCUUUCAUACAAACAAUGAUAAAAUAAACAUUUUCUAUUUUAUUAAAUGAAAGCAAAAUAAAUAUUUCUCCAAAUUCUCGAAGUAUACUUAAUAUAUUCGACUGAAAUCGUUGAGCUUCACUAGUGACAUUUAAUUGCUUUUCAGUGCAAUAACUUUUCAAGGUUGUUCAAGCUACAAUCUUUCAAGGUUGUAGAAACCUCUGAAAGUAGAAACUACACAAUAUGAAUGUGCUUAAUGGUGUAAAUCAAAUGGUAUAAAAGGAAAAUGAAAUGGGGUUUAACAUCCUACUGUUGCUUAGCGAUAUAGAUCAUGAACUGUAAUAUUAAUGAAAUGAUAAAUGUGUAGAGAUGUGAUAUUUUUGUAUAUGUUACAGUCAUUAAAGGAACCAUUCAAAUUUGAGUAAAUUCUUAUUUAAAAAAAAAAUAAUAAAGGUUUGACAGAAAUGUCAGUCGAUAUAAAAUGUA